AUGGGGCGCGAGGGGCGGAGCGCGCCCCUAGGAGACCGCGCCUCUCCACCUCGCGCCGCGCCGCCCCUCUGGCGGGACCCGCAGUGUCGCCCAUGCACCCUGAGACCCUCCAGGCCAGAGGCUCCCGCGGGUGAUGGCGGCCGGGGGGGCGGGGGGGGGGUGUGCCUGGAGCCGCCACGCGCCCGCCACCAGACCUCGCCGCUGGGGUCCGCGAAGGCGCGGCACGCGGGCGCCCCCCCACCCCGAGACCGCCCCGCCUGUUCCGGGGCGCCGGGCAGCGGCCUGGCCCGGGCCGGGGCCCCAGAGACCUGCGGCUCCAGGGGGCGGGGGGCGCGGGCGGGAGGUGGCGGGAAGGCCGAGGAAGUGACGACUGGGCAGGGCGCCAUCUUCAUGGAAGAGGCGGAGGGGUGGAGAAGCCGCAGCUCGGGGAGGAGUUGGAGGGGGGAGCUGGGGGGUGUGUGGGAGGAGGAAGAGCUGGAGGUGGGAGCAGCGGCGCAGCAGGGCCCGGGGCCCCUAAACCUGGAUGGGCCAGCGGUGGACCCGCUGGAGGCCAUCCAGUGGGAGCUGGAGGCUGGGAGUGCCCAGGCAGACAGGGCCUACCUGCGGCUGCAGCGCAGGUUUGGGCGCAUCCGCCGUCUGCACCUGGCCCCUAGGAGUUUCGUCGUCCAGAAUAUUCCUGGCUUCUGGGUCACCGCCUUUCUGAACCACCCGCAGCUGUUAGCCAUGAUCAUAACUCGUGAUGAAGACAUGCUCUGCCACCCCAUACAUUUGGAGGUGAGGGAGCUCAGGAACGCCAGGGCCCAAUGCAAGUUCAAGUUCCGCUUUUGGAACAACCCCUGCUUCCGGAACAAGGUGCUCAUGAAGGAGUAUGAGUGCAGAUCCUUAGGACCGGUGGUGUCAGUUGGAACUCGAAUCCGAGGGCACCCGGGCCAGGAACGCCCCGUUCUGGUACAACGGGACACUGUCUGCAGCUUCUUCACCUGGUUCUCGCAGCACAGCCUCCCAGAGGCUGACAAGGUUGCCCAGAUUAUUAAGGACUUGUGGCCCAAACCCCUGCAGUACCACCUGCUGGAGGAUAGGCCCCACAGAGCCAGGAGAGGCCUGGCAAGGUGGCCCACAGAGCCCCCUCCUAGGCUCUACAAGUUCCAGUUUGGCUAA